CAAACUUUGUCAAAAUCCAACACGUGUCCAAAUAAUUCGAAACAUUAGCGGAACUUCUUCGCGAGAAUCAUUCGAACGUUGACGCAUUUAUUUAGUAGCUAAUUCCCCUAAAGCUCGAUUAGGGGCACAAGACAAAGAUGUCGGGCUGGUAUAGCAAUCUUGUCGGCGCGACAACUUCGAAAAUAUCCAACCUCCAACGAUCUUUUCUUAGCAGCGAAGCCGACGGCGACACUGAGGACGAUACACAUGUUUGCAGAGUCCUCCGGUCAUACUACAUCGAGAAAGGCAAACCGUUUCCUUCAUGGCUACCGCCCGAUCCUAAAGCGCCUCCUCCAGUUGCCGCGGUCUACUCGCAACCAUCCCAAGUCGGUUCGAGGUACGGUGGUCUUACUCAGCAACCUCAAGGUGGUUUGAGUUCGCUCUGGGACAACAAUCCGGCGUCGCAGCCGCAAGACGCGCAAAGUUUAAGAAGAGGCAGAGGCGCGCCGCCUGGCGUACGAAAUAGCGACCCUAGGAACAGCCCGUUCCGCAACUCGGACCCCACGGCCGGGCGGGAGGAGGUAACGGCAAGACCGUUACCCAGCCAAAGAGCCGGAAGCUACCAGACCGCCGGAACGGCACCGCCUACUACAUCUGGAGGCUCGGCACAAGAUAGGCUGAAACAGCGACUGUUCGGCGGCUCGAGGACGACUAGUCCUGCAGGGAAUGGACCCUUCCAACCUCCACCACAGAAUAAUUCUAGACCCAGCAAUAACCACGGAAGUGGAGACUACGAAGAUAGGUUUGCACCGGGGGGUAUGUACGACGGGAACUCUAGAGGAGGCGGUCCACCGGGGGGCAGGCGACCGGGAGGCCUACCGAGCGGGCCUCGGAUGAGAUGAUAGGGGAUCCUUGGCAGAUGGACGGGACUGUCUAGACGCUUCCAUUUGGUUGCAGCCUGUCCUGGGAUCUUGAAAAUUUGAAAUCAGGAAUCGAGAGUGGGCUUCUAGAGUGAGGCUAUAUCGGACGCCAAGCUGCGGGAAGGCAGGGCAGGGCAGGGCAUGGACCCUGAUAUGGUUAAUCAUGGCGCGCUCUGUGACUACAUACCUACCUCUACUACCACCUAAUAUCCACCUUGUGUAUCUAAUUUAUGGCGAGCUUGUAAAUACCCACGAAAUUGGAAUUAUUUUAAAAAGGGAUAGAUAAGAUCC